AUGGCUGGUGCAACACCAGAUAUCCAGCAGAUCCUUGAGCAGUUGCGUGCUACUCAACAGAGACCUGCGACCACAACCCCGACUCAGGGCCAGCCUGGUCUUCCUGGCCCUUCCUACCCUCCAGCCCAGGGCUACGCCAUGCCCCCAGGUGGCGCGCCUAUACAGCAGACCAACUACCCACCUCCUGGAGCCUACGGCUACCCACAGCCCUCGUCGAGCGGGACUGUCGACCUGAGCGCUAUCAAGCCCGUUAACUCGGGCACUGUCAGCAUUCAAGAUGCUAUAGCGAAAGCAAAGGCCGUCGCUGCGGCCAACAACCUUGCUCCCUACGAGCGGCCUCCUGUAUACGCUGGAAACGACGGUCGUCGCCGAUCACGUUCCAGAUCCCCUCCUCGCCGUGAGGCUUUCCAUGACAACUAUAAUCCCUACCGAGACGAGCGUCGCGGUGAUCGUUCUGGUCGCGAUCAUGGACGCGACAGAUCAUACUCCCCCGGCCCCCGUGGCCGCCAGGGUGGCGGUGCUUUCUCCCCUCGAGGUGCCAAUUCUGCGCGCCAACGCUCCCCCCUCCGUGGAGAGGACGACAACUCAUCCGAGACCAUGCAAAUUGAGGCGAGCCUCGUCGGCCUCAUCAUCGGAAGACAGGGAGAGAACCUACGACGUGUCGAGGGGGAGACAAAGUGUCGGGUUCAAUUCCUGGCCCCCCACAGCGGCGACGACAAGUUCCGACAGUGCAAGAUCACCGGCCCUCGCGCCAGAAGAGCGGAAGCAAAGGCAGCCAUCAACCGUAUCAUCGACGACAGUGGCAUGGGCGCUAUCGCCCGAGCCGGCUUGGAUCGAGGCCAGGGCCGUCCGCCCCCGACUGUUGACCCCACUAGUGGCCAGAUAAACCUGAAGGACGGAGAGGAAUGCUUGCAGAUCAUGGUGCCUGACCGCACUGUCGGUCUCAUCAUCGGAAGAGGUGGAGAGACGAUCCGUGACCUGCAGGAGCGGAGUGGCUGCCACGUCAAUAUUGUUGGCGAGUCCAAGAGUGUCAACGGGCUCCGUCCGGUCAACCUCAUUGGUCCUUACGCCGCCGCUGCUCAGGCCAAGGAUCUCAUCAUGGAGAUCGUGGACAGCGACAGCCGAAAUACAAACAACACCAACAACAACCAACAGCAACAAGGCCGGUCUAAUCAGCGGGAAGGUGGCCAUGACAAGGUCAACGAUGCGAUUUUUGUCCCCAACGAGGCCGUCGGCAUGAUUAUUGGCAAGGGCGGCGAGACCAUCCGCGAGAUGCAGAACCAGACCGGCUGCAAGAUCAACGUUUCACAGCAACCUGCCCCCGGCGAGGCCGAGCGGGAGAUCGAGCUCGUCGGUAGCCGGGACUCUAUCGAACGGGCCAAGCGGGCCAUCGAGGAUAAGGUUGAAGCAGUUAGACAAAAGAGCAAUGGCGGCGGUGGUGGCGGAGGAGGAGGAGGAGGUGGUGGUGGCGGUGGUGGAGGCCGCGGUCGUGGCCAGCAUCGCGACUACGAUAACCCGAAUUACGGGCAACCGCCUUCUAACAAUCAGCAGUCAAGAGCACCUGCGGCGCAAGCAGGCGCUGACGGCCAAGCUGACCCAUAUGCAGCCUACGGCGGCUACCAGAACUAUCUGGCACUGUGGUACCAGUCCCUUGCCGCACAGCAAGCCAAUGCAGGCCAGGGCGACGCUUCCAAGCCACCCGGCACAUCGUAA